AUGCUUAAAUUAUAAGAGAAGAAAAAAAUUAUAGAAAUUUUAAAUAACCCUAUUUCUUAUUGUAAUAGACCAACAAAAAGCUCAUCAACAUACAAUCCUUAACCUAUUGAAUAGUUAGUCUUUAAUAGAAGCUUACUUAGAGUAUAUGGUUAUUAAAAACCAUAAACUCAACAAAGAAAUACAAGAAAAUUCAAUUUGAAAUUAUUAGAAGUAACGUAAGAUAUUGAAAACAACAAAUAAAUGAUUGAAAUAUUAAAACGAGAUUACUCAACAAAAUCCAAUGUUGAAAAAUAAUCAUCCUUUAAAAAAGAACAGUUAGAAAAAAGAUGCAAUACAACAACAAAUAAUAGAUUCUUUUAAUUGAACGCUAUGAUAAAAAAUAAGAGGAAUACAAACAUUUCAAGAGUAAUUGAAUAAUAAAAUGAUAGCCAAAAAUAAAGAUAUUAGAUGCUACAUCUCAAUUUUAUUAAAACCUAAAAAUAAUACUAGAACAUUUAUGGAAUACCAUUAUCUGAAUUUCUAUUAGAACAUAAGUUUUUAACAUUAAUUCAUUAGUAAUUAUUGAUAAUUUUAUUGAUGAUUUUCUAAAUUGAUUGUACUAAUAUAUAUGAAGUAAUUACCUAUAAAUAAUACAAACUCUUUAAAUAAGUUAUAAUUUGGAAAGAUUUGUCAAUUAUUGAUUUAGUUGAUAAAAUUUCAUAGAUUUUUGAAAAUGCUACUGGAGGACAUUUACUUAAUAUUAUUCAUUUAAUGGCUUAAAUUUAGCCUUACAAAUAUAAUGGUAAAUAAAAAUUAAAUAGAGAUAUAUAAUUAUUAAAUAAAACUAUUUAAGAUUUAGAAUAUAAAUGUAUAGAACAUGUUUUAUAAUAAGGAAAUUUAAAUAUGCAAAUUGAUAUUACUAAAUUAAAAAAACUAUUUUAUAAUUAAAUUAUUAAUAUUAAUACAUUUAUCGACUUAUUAUCAGGAUAAUUUUGA